AUGAUAGAUAAACGCUUAAUAUGCCUCCAGCAGCUCAUUGAGUCUUAUCAAAACUCACAAUAUGACCCAACCGAGGAUGGUCCUAGUCUGGAAGAAAUUAAAUGGAUUUACUUGAAAGUGUGUGGAAAUAACUUCCGUGAAACCUGCUAUCGCCUGAGAGACCGUGAGAUACCCUCCCUCUGUGCGUCGCUUCUCAAUGUGCCUGUUAUCAACAGUCUAGAUCUGCGUUACAAUGAACUCACCAAUGAGGGCGCCAUAACAUUGGGAAAUUUCCUUAAAAAUGAUCGAUGUUUGAAAGAACUUAAUUUAAUGGGAAACAAUAUAACAGCAGAUGGGGCCAAAGAGCUAGGUAUUGCACUAAAGUUGAAUCACACCUUAAAGAUACUUAAAAUGACUGGAAAUCCUAUUAAGCGUGAAGGUGGCAUUCACUUGGCCCACGGUCUACAAGCCAAUAACACGCUCACCCACCUGGAUGUUGGGGAAUGCGACAUGGACAUCGCCAGCGCGAUUGCGUUUGCCACCGUCCUGCGAACAAACAACUCACUUCUCUGUUUCAACAUCAACAGACUCCUGUUGUUCACGCAUCAGGAAGAACAAACGGUGCAUAUGUGGGAAAUGCUAUGCUUGAACACCACCCUGACUGAACUGCAUCUGGCAAAAUGUGACAUGCGCGACUUCGGCGCCAAGCGACUUGUGGACGCUCUAGAACGCAACAAGACCAUCCAAGUGCUGGACGUGAGUGCAAAUCGGAUAUCCUCAGAUGGCGCCAUCGCGUUUGCCCGUGCCUUGCGUAAUCGCUGUUCCCUCACCGUCCUUGACCUGUCAUUCAAUCGCAUCCAAAAUGAAGGUGCAAUUGCCCUUGCAGAGGUUUUGAAGAAGCACAACGACCGUUUAAUCGUGCUAGCAUUGGCGUCCAAUGAAAUUCAUGAAAAGGGACUAUGCGCGUUAGCAGAUGCCCUGCUUGACAACGACCACCUUCGAUAUAUCUACCUUUGGGGAAAUGACAUCAGUGACAAGGCCGCAGCAGCAUGGGGCCAUUUGCAGACAAUAGGACGUCUUCGUGAGGAUUCUACGGACUUGAGGCCCUACAAGGUGGACGGUGUUGUGAAGAUGGCGAUGUUGAACAAUGACUGCGAUUACCGUCGCUAUCGGUUUGCCGUGCCGUGGUGGGGUCCACAGGCGCCUGAAGAUCGAUCGGUUGCUCUGUUUUAG